CAUUCUCUGCAUUUUUGGCGCUGUGAGGGACCUUCGCCAACAGCAAUUUAGUUGUACCGCCGUUUCGGAAUCCACCCAAUUCUCUAAAACGCCGUCGUUUCGAUUCCGUCUUUCCCUCUCUCUUUAAAUACCUAAUAACUCUUUAGAAUCCCAAUCCAUAAGGAACAACCAUGCAUUAAAAUUCGUUCAAAGAUUCAAAGAUUUAGGAUUUAGAAUCCUAACACCUUCCUCUCUUCCAAUUCUAAUUCAAUUCCAUGUUGAUUCACUGGUAUCUCUGAUUUUAGAGAGAGAAACAGAGAAAGGAGAGAGAAUUUCAAUUCUUUUGGGAAAAAACGAAAAAGUGUUCUUUUUUUGGUUUUAGUUAGAAUGGGAUUGAUAGUUGAGGUUGAUACCGUAGACGAGGACGCCGCUGUUUUGGUCCCGCCGCCGAAUUUCUCAAUGGUGGAGGACUGCAUUUUCCGAUCCAGUUUCCCCACUCCUUCCAAUUUCCCUUUUCUCCAAACCCUAAACCUUCGAUCCGUCAUAUACUUGUGUCCAGAGCCCUAUCCGGAAGAAAAUCUGGAGUUUCUUCGAUCGCAGAACAUUCGGCUCUUUCAAUUUGGAAUCGAGGGGAAGACGGAUGUUUCUUUACCUAUUCUCAGGGAUUCUAUUAUGGAGGCCCUGAAAGUUUUAAUUGAUGUGAGAAAUCACCCAGUUUUGAUUCAUUGCAAACGAGGCAAGCAUAGAACAGGUUGCCUUGUUGGCUGCUUGAGAAAAUUGCAGAAUUGGUGCCUAUCUUCUGUGUUUGAGGAGUACCAACGAUUUGCGGGUGCGAAAUCGAGGAACGGGGAUUUAACCUUUAUAGAUAGGUUUGACAUUGUAAGCCUGAGGCAGUGCCUUUACAGUAUCAUCUACCAGUAUCAAGGAUAUGGUUCGAAGAAGCGGCGAUUGCUGUAUACAGAUGAGAACUUGCAGAAGCCCCGACUGGCAUCGUUUUAGUUGUGUGCCGGGAUUUGAAACCCUUUUCCUUUGCCCAUGAAAUGGUAGAUUUUUUAGUAGUGUCAUGGUUCAUUUUUACAUGCUCCAACUCAAAGUUUUAGGUUUUUCAGAGUACUGCUAAAGAAACGGUCUUUUUUCUUCUUA